GCGGGGCAGCGCGGCGGACAGAGCCUCCGAGAGCGCGAGCAGCAGCGCCCCCACGACCCAGCCCGCCAGCCUGGAGCCCGGCCUGCCCACGGCCGCGAGCCCGCCGCCCCCAGCGCCCCCGCGCGCCCCGCAGCCUCCGGGCCAGGGAGUCGAACCCCCGCACUGCGCCCUGACGCGCCAGCAUGUCUUCGACGGAGAGCCCCGGCCGCACCUCGGACAAGUCUCCGCGCCAGCAGGUGGACCGCCUGCUCCUGGGGCUGCGCUGGCAGCGCCUGGAGGAGCCGCUGGGCUUCAUCAAAGUUCUCCAGUGGCUCUUUGCUAUUUUCGCCUUCGGGUCCUGCGGCUCUUACAGCGGGGAGACGGGAGCCUUGGUUCGCUGCAACAACGACCCCAAGGACGUGAGCUCCAUCAUUGUUUUGUUCGGCUAUCCCUUCAGGUUGUACCAGGUCCAGUAUGAGAUGCCUCUCUGUGAUGAGGAAUCCACAUCCAAAACCAUGAACCUCAUGGGAGACUUCUCUGCCCCCGCCGAGUUCUUUGUGACCCUUGGCAUCUUUUCCUUCUUCUAUACAAUGGCUGCCCUGGUCAUCUACCUGCGCUUCCACAAACUCUACACGGAGAACAAACGCUUCCCAUUGGUGGAUUUCUGUGUGACCGUCUCUUUCACCUUCUUUUGGCUGGUUGCUGCCGCUGCCUGGGGCAAGGGCUUGACUGAUGUCAAAGGGGCCACACGGCCAUCCAGCCUGACUGCAGCCAUGUCUGUGUGCCACGGAGAGGAGGCGGUGUGCAGUGCCGGGGCCACGCCCUCUAUGGGGCUGGCUAACAUCUCUGUGCUCUUUGGCUUUAUCAACUUCUUCCUGUGGGCUGGAAACUGUUGGUUUGUGUUCAAAGAGACCCCAUGGCACGGACAAGGCCAGGACCAGGGCCAGGGCCCCAGCCAGGAGAGUGCAGCAGAACAGGGAGCGGUGGAGAAGCAGUAAGCAGCCCUCAUCUGCCUACUCCCCAACCGGACAUGGACAGCACCUUCUCAUCUCCUCCAGCUUCUACAGGACCUUCUUCCUCUUCCUCCUCCUCCCCUCCCCCAUCACUCUGGCCUUUGAGAUUUGAGAGAAUGGAUGGGUAGGCAUCAGCUGUUGGUAACCUGGGCAGACCUCCACUGGCUAUCCCUCAUCCUGCUGGGGCAGCCAAUGGCAGGAUCUCCGUGCUUCUUGUCUGCUGCCUGGAGUUGGGCAUCUUGCUCGGGCAAGUCAGCUGGCAACCUUGCCCUGAUUCCCGUGUGGAGGGCCCACCAGUGACUUUGUGACAUCCCCCAGUAGCUGUCAUCUAAUCUGUAUCCUAUCUCUAGCCCUCCCAGAGCUCACUGUGCUCCCCAAUCUCCUCUCUGGCCUCUGUUUGUCCAUAGCUCUCACCACGCGUGAAGCAGGGAGACCCAUUACCUUACCGAAGGUCCCUCUAGGGGUCCAUGUGAGACCCGGACCCAGUGGGAGCGGAUAGAGUUACAAGCCUAUUGCAGCACCAAGGAAGAAAGUCAGGAAAGUUGCUGGCAGAAUACGUUUUCUGUCCCCUCAGCCCUCCCUCUCCCUCAGCUGGAACACUGUCAGUAGUGCCCUACACUCCACUUAUUCAUGAAACCCCUUACACCCUUCUCCUUCUCAGCCUUGGUUUUGUCUCACACUUCGGAAACAAGAUGGAAUGGCUUGGAACAUUUCCCCUUCAUUUUCCCAUCCCCACCACACCUGUCGGCCCUUCUCCCUUCCCCAACCUUUUGGAGAUGAGGCAUUUAAGAUCUUUUCAGAAGCCUGCCCAGGCCUUCCUUUCAUUCCUGUGGGCUUUGGGAGGGCCUGAAGGACCACCAUAAGGCUGAUGUGCCCAGGAAUCCCAGGACAUGAACACACGGGCCCACCUGUCCCUUACUGUCUGUUCAUUUUCUCAAGCCAGCACCUUUUCUAGUUCUUUCAAACCUGUCCUUCCCAUCUUAACAAAGAAGGUUCUCUCUCCUCAUCUCUCACAUCCAUACAGUAGCCAGGCCCCAUCCCUUCCCCAGUCCUGGGCAGCCCGAUGCUAUUGGUGCUUCUUCAUUUCGGGACCCAGUUCCAUAUUUGUCUUUGGUGUGUCUCCUCUUCCUGAUACCCCCUUCAUCCCCUUUUUGCCCCCAAGGCCUUAGGGUACCAACUGGGUAAAUGCCAUCCGCCUCCUACCUAGAUCAAAACCCCUUGAUCUACCCUGGAAGUAGGGUUGCUCAGGGAAAGAUGAAGAAGGAAGAAACCAGCCAUUUCCCAAUAGAGUGGCAACUGACCCACCUAAAUCCCAAAGAUGAAUGUGCCUUGUGCCAACCUGUCCUUAAGACACGAUCAACCCUCUCCAACCCCCUUGCCUCUCUCAAUGCUACCCACAUCAAGAUGUAUUACUUGGGUGCCCAGGGCUCAGAAUCCUUAACUCUGGGCCAUUCACUUCUUCUUUGGGUUACAAUUUCCCCACCCAACAGAGAAGUAUGAUAUUUACACACAUUACAGAUGCUCCCAAGCCCUUCAGUAAAAGAAUUUGGAAUUUUUGUUUUCUGUUUCAGAUUUUAGAGAAAAGAUUUGAGGAAGGGAAAAUUUGAUGAGGGUGAGAAUGUUCCUAAAUCUGAAACUCUCUAUCCUAAGUUGUCCUCAUGGUUACUUAAGGACAAGGGGGAGAGUUUUGCCUACAACUUUAGAUAUACAAAGAACAAAGGGGUGACCAUUUUUCUUCAAGCAAGUCCCUGUGGGGAUCUGGGAGCAGCUUCUACUCGAACUGUGUUUGAAUUCUGCGUCUAUAUUUAUAAUUUAUUUGAACUGUGAUGGAUAGAGUGUUCUCAUUUGGGGCCUAAGGUAGCAACUGGCCCAUCAACUACUUUAGAAAGGGAGCUGUCCACUCCCAAUGAGCACUCUUACUCCAGAGCUCUCUCUAGGGUUGAGAAGGCUUUUCUUCAGCAAGAAUCUGGCUAUGGCCAAAAGAGCCUUAAUUUAGGCUAUGGCCUUUCUCUCCAUGGCUGCCCUCAGAGGAAAGACCAGUUCACCUCAUUACCUCCAGGGGGCUGGGCACCCUGCGUGCCAAGGGCAGCUCUGUCCUCAUAAGACUCAUGUCCUCUCCAACCAGGGCUGGCACCAGCACUUUGCCUAGUCAGGCCUGGACUAGGAGAAGGUGUCUGGUUUCUCUAGCUAUCGCAGGAGGCCAACAAGCAGGGAACUUGCCCUUUGCCCUGGUAGACUCUGACCAUGUGGAGAUGACCAUCUAGGACCUUUCUUAGACAUGAGUUCCCAUCAACAUCCUGAUGGUGGGUCUCCUACUUCUGGCAUUGCAGAUUGAGGGUGUGGGGAGAAUGUUGCAUGUUGUUUUGUGGUGCUUGUUAUUACACGUUUGAAUAAACAGUGCUGCGAACAGUUGUCAAGAAGAAGCCAAGA